AGCGUGAGCUCGAGUGUGUCGGGACGCCUCUCCACGUACAGCAACCUGAAAUGGCACCUACUGCUACGGAGUCUCAGCUUUGUAAAGACCUGAAGCACAGUUCGACAAGGCUGAGGACCAUUCUUGGCCAUGCACACUUUCAAGACCCACCAAUCCCUCAUGAGCAUACAAGGCGACGGCAGCAAGGAAAAACUUCUCCAAAGUGAAGAAACCUUGGACAGCACCAAGCUCUGGGUGGGCGGCCAUCUGCUUCAGCUGACCCUGUAGCCCAGGCUGACUCUUGUGCCAACCCUGGUGGGAACAUCAGUGGGUGGGUACUUGACAGAGCCAGCGCCAGGGAGUUAAUACCACUCAGUGCUGCUGGAGGUGUGACACAGUCCCAGCCCUCUGCACAUUGAUUCACACAGGAUUAAUCCACUGCAUGAUGCUUCAGGCGGAAGGCCUGGCACAGCUGAUUUACCGUCCCUGUCAGACUUAACGUCUUUGGAGGCCUCCUUUGCCCUGCUGCUGUCUUCUGUGGAAGGACUAGUAAAGAGCAUCUGCCACUGCACCAACCAGAUCACCCAAAGGGAUGACUGGCAGUCAUCUGACUCAGGAGUAAGAGAGGAAGCAAUGGGCUGGACUAUGACUCUAAAAGAUGACUUUGGGGUCAUUGCCUGGACACGGCGAGCUGGGAACUACCUCAGCCUCUUCCUCCUCUUGUCUCUCUUUUCCUUUUCAGUCCAGUCAGACAUUGUGUUUCCUAAGGACCAUCACUUCUCUUGGAAAGCAGGCCAGUGGGGUCAGUGUAUCGGGGAGGAGUGUGGUUCUGGCGGGGUUCAGACAAGGACAAUAUGGUGUGUCCACAUGGAGGGCUGGACUACACACCAUUCCCACUGCCAGCACAUGGACAAGCCAGAAAGCAAGAGGCACUGCUUUAAGGUCUGUGACUGGCACCAGAACCUCUUUGAGUGGGAGGUGUCAGACUGGGGGGGCUGUGUUCUUGUCCCUUUUUUUUCCAACGAGCUCAAGCUGAGGACGGCUGAGUGCAUUACAGCACAGCACGGCAUCCAGAGGCGCAAAGUCCACUGUGUGCGCACAUCAAAUCGUACCGCAGUCGCCUUGAGGAUAUGUGAGUUCUUUUCCCAGAAGCCACCUGUGGAGCAGGCAUGUCUCAUCCCCUGCCCCCAGGACUGUGUAGUUUCAGACUUCACCUCCUGGUCAAGUUGCAGCAAAACAUGCAGCACUGGCCUGCAGCAUCGGACUCGACAUGUCCUGGCCACGCCAAUGUAUGGAGGUGCAAGCUGCCCCAACUUGACUGAAACUAGGACUUGCUCUAGCCCUGUUGACUGCCCUGCUGGUGAGGGCGAGUACCAGUACAGCCUUAAAGUAGGGGCCUGGAGCGAGUGCCGAUUACCCCAUCACAAGGAAGCCCUGUUAAGUGGAAGGACCACAGUGGACUUCAGCACCGGCUCCAAUGAGAACAACACAGUCACACUGCACACACAUACUUCUCAUCACCACCCCCAUCACCAUCACCACCACCACCACCAUCCUCACGCACACAAGUACCCCAUGUCAUGGGAAGUGGAAGUGGGAUACCAGACACGACAAGUCCGCUGCACACGGAGUGAUGGCAAGAAUGCUAUGCUGAGUCUCUGUACCAAGUACAACUCCCCCCUGACCUUCCAGGCGUGCGUGAUGCCCAAAGACUGUCAGACAUCGGAUUGGUCAUCGUGGAGUCCCUGCUCUAAGACCUGCCGGUCCACUGACCUGUCUCCUGGUUACCGCCUUCGGUCACGGAUCAUGACGCAGAUCCCAGUUGGAGGGGGGAAACGAUGUCCUGCCCUUGAGGAAAAAGAAGUUUGCAAUAUCAUAGGAGAUUUACUUCCAAACUGCCCCAGGUAUGUGUGGAGGACCACUGACUGGGGCGAGUGUCGCAUCCUCCCCUUACUGAGCCAGCAGGACCGGCGGCUGGCUAACAUCAGCAGUCUGUGUGGAAGGGGGAUCCAGACCAGGAAGACCUACUGUGUUCAGGUCCCUGAUGACUCAGCACCACAUCACAGGAAGGAGGUGUCCAGGCCUGUGAAUGCCAGGCUGUGCGCUGGUGAAGAGCCCCCCUUGGCCGUCCAACACUGCUCCAUCCUUUGCCAGCACCACUGCCUGCUCUCUGGAUGGUCACCGUGGGGCGCCUGCCUACAUGACAACUGCAAAGAACCACAGGGGAAGAAAGGUUUCAGACAGCGGAGGAGAGAGGUGCUGUGGGAGUCCGGCAGUCCUCCGGAGAGCUGCCCUCAUCUGGUGGAGUCCAUCCCCUGUGAGGAUCCCGCCUGCUACCUGUGGCAGGUCAAACAAGAAGAAAGAUGCAUUCCCACUAAAAGCUCCUGUGGUCCCGGAACUGCAGCACAGACUGUGACCUGUGUCAGCGCCGAAGGGGACGAUGUGCCCAGUACCCACUGUGUAGACAACCCUCCCCCCACAGAAGUGGCCUGCGAGGUGGCUUGUCCCGCAGACUGCGUCAUAAGCCCCUGGUCUUCCUGGUCACCCUGCUCACACAGCUGCGCCACCAAGACAGCAGAGGGCCGACAGAGCCGCACCCGCACUGUGCUGGCCAUCCCAGGAAAAGAAGGGAAGGAGUGUCCGGCAGCUCCAGCCCUGGAGGAGUGGAGAGUCUGCAACGACCACCCUUGUAUGACGUUCUAUUGGGAGGCCUCAGCCUGGGGCCCCUGUAUUGAGGAUGCCUCCCUGGAUUUAAAUGGAACUGGCUUCUGGAAUGGGACCCCUACCUGUGCCAUGGGUGUUCAGAUCCGCAAAGUCAGCUGCAUAAAGAUGAACGUUGGACCUGUCAUAAGUAAAAGGUGUUCAGAUUCUACUCGUCCAGAAACUGUCCGACCCUGUUUGCUUCCCUGCAAGAAAGACUGCAUUGUGACACCCUUCAGUGAAUGGACAACCUGCCCAUCGACCUGUAUGCCAGAAAAUGCAACUGCCGCCACACAGUCUCGAUACAGAACCAUCAUUCAGAGGGCUGCUAAUGGAGGUCAAGAGUGCCCUGACACACUGUAUGAAGAGAGAGAAUGUGAAUCACUUCCUGUGUGUCCAGUGUAUAGUUGGAGGACUCACAAGUGGCACAGCUGUAGUUUGGUUCCAGAAUCUGUUCGACGGGGAUUAUCUGGACCUGGAGAAGACUGUGGAAAUGGUUUAGAAACAAGAGGAGUCAGUUGUGUCGGGGAGAGCGGUGAGUCGGCCAACAUGACAGAGUGCCUGCGCUGGGCUGGCCCUGUGCCCCCUCAGAUCAGAGAGUGCCGGGUGGCUUGCAAGGAUGACUGCACUCUGACUGCUUGGUCCAAGUUCUCUGAAUGUGCUGGAUGUGGCAGCUCCCGCAGUCGCAGGCGCUCACUCACAGGUCGCAGUAAAAAGAAGGAGCAUUGCCUGAAUGAGGAGUUAUAUCCACUAGAAGAGACGGAGGCUUGUCCCUGUGAUGAAUUUUUGUCCCAGCCAUAUGGAAACUGGUCUGCUUGCAUCCUCCCUGAUCCUUCAGCUCCGGGGUCCCUGCAGGGCUGGAUGAGCCACAGGGAGGUGAGGGAGUGUGGCCAAGGUCUGCGCUACAGAGCUGUGGCCUGCAUCAACCAGCAGGGGCACCUGGUCGACCCCAUACCCUGUACAGACUCAGGCUACGUGGUGGACGUUUGCCACAUCCCUUGCCCCCUAGACUGUAAGCUCAGCGACUGGUCAGCAUGGUCAGUCUGCAGUGCAUCCUGUGGCAGCGGGUUGAAGAUCAGGUCCAAGUGGCUCAGGGAGAAAGCUUUCAACGGGGGACGCCCAUGCCCCAAGUUGGAUUUGAAAAAUCAGGUGUACGAGGCCGUACCGUGCCACAGUGACUGCAGCCAAUACGAGUGGAGGAUCGAGCCCUGGUCCAUUUGUACCAUCAAUACUGUGGAUGACCUGCCAGCCUGCGGGGAGGGAGUCCAAAGCCGCAAGAUCAGGUGUGUGAAGAGGGGAACGAGUGCGGGGAACAGCAGUGUGGAAGACAGUCUGUGUGAUCAGGAGGAAAUGCCACCCAGAGCCCAGGUCUGCUUUCUGGCCUGUCCUAACGACUGCGUCGUGGCACCCUGGGGACCUUGGAGCAACUGCCCUCUGCAAUGUGACCAAGGCACAGCAAGGAACAGAAGCAGACACGUCCUCCGCCUCCCAGCCUCGGAGAAUUCGGCCUGUCCAGAGCCGGUCCAGUCAGAGCCCUGCGUUCUCAACAGCACCUGCUUCUCCUACCAGUACAAAGCCUCAGACUGGAGUACAUGCCAGCUAAGUGAAAAUGCCAUCUGCGGUCAGGGUUCACGGUUGCGUCUCGUGGACUGUAUUCGCAGCGAUGGCAAGAUUGUGGAGCUGCAGAAGUGCAAAGAGUCUGGUCUCAUCAACAAGUGGAAACUGUCGGAGAGCUGCGUGGUCGACUGUCCUGUCAGCUGUAUACUGUCUGAAUGGUCACUGUGGGCGGAAUGCUCGCACACCUGCGGUAACCAAGCUCAGUCUGUGCGCACCAGGAGAAUCCUGCAAGAGGCUCAUGAGGAGGGUCAGCCCUGUCCCAGCCAGCUCACCCAAACCAAGCCAUGUCCCAUAAGGCCUUGCUAUACAUGGCUGCUGAGUGACUGGUCCCCAUGCACUGUAGAGGAUGCAGAUUGUGGUGAGGGGUUUCAGAGAAGGAGCCUGUCAUGUGUCGUCCAUCGGGGCAGCUGGCCUGAGUCUCCUCCUCAGCCAGUGGACGAAGAGCUUUGUGGAGACAAACUGAGGCAGCAGAUCCAACAGGAAAUGAAGCAGCCCUGCUUCGUCCCCUGCCCAGGAGACUGCCAUUUGACCGUGUGGUCGUCUUGGAGCUCCUGCCAGCUGACCUGCCUGGAGGGGCGGAGUUUUGAGACUACUGGUCGCCAAGCUCGCUCCAGAGCUGUGAUCAUUCAGGUCAUGGAGAACCAGGGCAGCUGCCCACAUCAAGUCUUUGAGACCCAGCCCUGUAAAGGGGGGAAAUGCCACAGUUACCAGUGGAGGACAGGAGGAUGGAGCAACAAUGAGAGAGCAGUGUGGUGUCAGCGCUCAGAUGGUGUCAAUGUCACAGGGGGGUGUUUCCCGCAGAAAAGGCCGACCACGGUCAGACACUGCCAUCCUCCGUGCACCAAACCCUUCUCACACUGCACGCCGAGCGGAGUGUGUGGGUGUGAGAAGGGUUACACUGAAGUGAUGACCACGCACGGCUUCUUGGACUACUGCAAUAGAACCCCGGGGGUGGACAACAACAAGAAAGCUGAUGUGAAAACCAACUCUGGAAGAUUAAAACCCGGGCCGUCUCAGGCCCAAGACCUCUUCAGCGAGUGGACCUUACGACCUGUUGGCCCAGAUGGAAGAGUAAAGCUGUGGGUUUACGCCGUGACUGCCGUUGGAUUCAUCUUAAUACUCUUCAUUAUUGCAUUAUCAUUCCUGGUCUGUAAGCCAUCCAAAACCACUAAGACGUCUCCUCCACCGCAGAAGCCCUUGACCCUGGCCUACGAUGGCGACAUGGAUAUGUAACCAGGCUGCUAUACCUCAUAAGGACGCGCUCAGCCUCGGACAGACUCCUGACUGCAUUCAGAUUGUUGUUUAUUGUCGACUGGGGGUGACUAUUUGCUGUAGUGGCAAUUGUAUUGUAAAAAUGCAGCAGACAGACAGCGACGAUCACACGUGAUUUGCUGCUGAAGGGCAGUGUAGCCCAGAACUUUCCUCCCCGCAGAAGAGGAGGGACCAAAGCCGAACAUGGUGAAAAUGAGACAGAAGGUCUCUGGGGAAAAAUGGACUUCUAGUUUCUUUUUUAAACUGCUUGCAAUGUGAACGCACAGUUGAAGCACUGUUUUGCCAACAACAUGUCACAAGGACUUCUAAAAGGCAAAGACAAAGUGGAUCCACAGGUGUUGAUUUUUUUUGUGUGUCAAGAAUCAGAGGGACUACCUGAUUAUUUGUCUUGUGUUUGUGUCGUGAGGGAGACGAAACAUCUCGAGUCAGCAGUCACUCAUGACAUUCAAAGACGGAACAACAGAACAUUUGGCAUUUGACUUUGUCUCAUCAGUGCUGGAUCUUUGUAAAAGAAAAUGUCACACGCCUUUUGGGUAAACAAACAGCCUUUUUUUGAAUUUUCUGAGAAUAAACAAGAUGCUCUAUGCACUACGUUAGUGCUUAUUCACUUUUUUCUUUUCCUUUCAAAUGACUUUUCUAGUGUUUUAAUUGUAAUGCAAGUUGUUGCUGUCAGAUUGUGUUUCGUUGAUGAUGCCAUAUGUUGUGUAUAUGUGGAAACCAAAAGCAGGCUUGCCUUGAGUUUAACAAUACAACGAUGCAGUAGUUCCUCCUCCCUGAUCCUCAUGAGCGUCACAGCCACUGAGGACUAAAUUAAGAAACAACCUCAAGAUCGUUGAAUCUUGUCCCUGAAACAUGGCAGACUGCUUCAACGACAAACGCAGUCAAGAAUUAGCAGAAAAACACACACAGACCUUUAAUGCAAAUUAUCAAAUACCAGCAUGAUAAAGCUCAUACCUCAUACACACUCUUUCAUCAAAUGCAAAACAAAAAAAGCACUGAUCAGCAAAACGGAUAAUAGGAAAAGAGAAUUAUCCACGAGAUCACACACAGUGUAUUUUUAGAGCAAGUAUACUUCUUUCAAAGGGGUGUCGUGCUUCAUUUUCUUUUUACACCAUGUCUUUUAUACCAUAACGGCCAAAUACAAAGUCAGCUGACUCACAGCAAGGUGAGAGACUAGUUUUGACAGGAUUGCUUUCUUCUCUUCCUUUUUUGUUUGUUUGUUUAUUCCUUUUGCACCACAAAGACAGGGCUCCAAACAUGAAAGACAGCAAAUACCAAAUAUCUGUGAGCACAUAUUAAUGAAGUGGGUUAUCUCUUAUUUCUGUUUCUCUAGCUGGAGUACAUAAAUAAUUACUUUUCUUUUAUUCAGCCCUGGAAUUGUGUCGGAUGUCCACUUGGAGUACAAAGCAUCCACAAUUUCUAGUAAAGCAUCUUAAUAGGCCCUAAAUGCUUCGAUUUAUUAUCAUUUAGACAUGAAUCCUUCAGUGCAUUAUUCAUGCAACCCAGUGGAGAAUUAAUUUCCUGAUACUUGGUGGUUUUGGCACUGACCAGAACUGACACGGUUUCUCUUUCUGCCUCCACAAACUAAAGAUUUGGUCUUGUGUUAUCUGACCGCCUUCUGAAUGUAUUUUAGCAGUAACUCUAUAAUCUUAACGGCUGUGCAAACAUGGUUGUUACAUGUUGUAACAAUUGUAUUUCAGCAGCUGUGUGUAUGUAGGCAUGCUUGAUCCAUUUUGGCAGAGAGUGUGCCGAGUGGCCUUGCAAAGAUUCUGUUUUACAAGUUGCCAAACAUUUCAGAGUAGUUUCUUUCAGGCGGUGUUUCUAAUAUCUGGCUGACAAAGGGACAUAUGGUAAAUGUUAAGUCAACGUGAACUCCAAUUGUGAGAUUUUGAUGAUUUCUUGCUAACAGGAUCAACUAAUUAACAAGUUAUCUGGGCAUAUUUCCAUCAUAAAACAACAAACAGCCAACACUUCUGACCUGAUUCUAUUGGGUUAUAUCCAAGAAAAUCUCACUCAUUGUUUACAGUACCAUGCUAUUUGUGUUACUAUUGUGUGUACAUGGAGAGCUGGACAAAAAUGCAAAUAAAUUGUGGA